AUCGAAUAGAGGCCGAAGCAAGAUUUCUUCUGACAGCAUCUUUGAUUAUACCUCUGACGGGCCACAACAUUAAUGGGACGGCGAAAACACUUUCAACAUUUAUUAUUCCUGACCUGGAUUGUUGCUACUGAAGUUAACUCAGUUAUCAGUGUCGUACCAUGGAAGCGCUGAUCAUUGUCAUGACGCCUGGGUCAGUUGAGGUUUAUUUUGACUCGGCAAGCUCCUAUAUAUCCAGUCACUAGGCUAAUAAUUGCGUAGCCGAUGCGGUAAUCAACGUACAGAGAGGCAAUAAAAUCAAGACCAAAAUGAUGCGAAGGUUACGUUACUACGUGAUGACCCAUCCAUGGACUGGCUGGAUUGCUUUCCUUGCCGUCAUCAUUCUGUGGUUUCUCUCCUCUACGGUCUUACAACCGUCUCUCAUCUCCGCCAGAAAGCAACAAGAACACCGGGCAAAGCGACGAGAGGCAGCCCGUGCCGAGUGGCGCACUUACACGACCAUGCUGGAUAUCAAACACAACGCCAGCGCGUACUCGCGCUCUCGCCCUACCGACGAAACCUGCUUCUUCACCCACAAGCUCGAGAGGCCCGACAUGCCAACCAUCCACUCGGCCUUCUUCACUCCGGAGUCCAACAGCGUUGUUUUCGUCGGAGUUCGGUUCUUCAGGGAUAAAUGGAACGAACGGUUUGUGUGCGAGUUCCAGAACGGUGAAACGACGGCAAACGACCCCAUGGUGGAUGACUACCGGAGCUUCGGAUAUUUACCGCAGUACGUGUUCGUUAUGACGUGUCCGCUACCAGAAGCCUAUCUCAGAAAGAACAACUUUACAAUGAGUUUACACAAAGAGACAUGGCGUCGCCAGUGGUACAGGUACACCUACACGAACUUCACAGUAUGCCGUGGAGUUGGUUCCAAACCCGUCGCUAAGAAGCGGUUCUUGAGCGUCUGUACGAUGGUCAGAGACAUGGACAAUUUUAUGUCCGAUUGGUUGGACUAUCACAAGUUUGUGGGCGUGGAACACGCCUACAUUUACGAUAAUGCUCCUGAGGAUUUGAGCCUCCUACGGGAGACUGUCAAGGAGCACAUUGAAUCAGGCUUCGUUACCGUCAUUCCUUGGUCUCACAGAUCCUCUCAAGAAAAGUCCUACCUCGAAGUCCAGAUAGCUCACGAGAACGACUGCCUCUGGCGACAUCGAUACAACUCUCACUGGAUGAUCAAAAUCGACGUAGACGAGUACAUCCAACCCAUGAAUCCAUCCAUGUCAAAGAUACCCGAGUAUCUCCGCGAUCCUCAUUUGGACCACGUCGGCGCCGUUCGGCUACAGAACUGGUUCUUCGGGCGCCCGAACCUGACCGAGUUUGCGCCGGGGUCGAUAAUCGAACGCAAUCGGUGGCGAUCGGAGGACCCGACUUUAUCCAACACGGGGAGGGAUAAGAACAUCUUGCGUCCGAUCAAUGUUCAUUAUUUCAAGAUCCACGCCAUCAAGCUCGGCGGUGAGGCGAGGUCCGUCGACCCUUGGACGGAGCUCCGCUUGGUGCAUUAUCGCGGGGACAAUCCGAGGAUACGACACUUUGACUUGCCGGAGUUUUCCGUUUUAGACGAGAGCGUGGUCAACAUUUGGCAGAGAGUAAAAAAAUCCAAGCUUCGAGACCUGGUAGAUCCUGAUUCGGGUCAUGACGAAAAAGGCAGUCAAAUUGUAAAACUGUUGGAGAAAAAUUGAUCUACAUGUAAAAUACAUACCUUUGACAGAAGAAAUGACACUGAAAUGACAGAUUAUUGUUCAUAAUAAUAGUAUGAUAUCUGAAUAGGCUGUGAUAUAGCAAUCCAAGUUUACUUUUAAGAUCUGUUUGAAUUAAUGAUACUUUUAUAUGGUUUUGCUUUUGGCCUCGAUAAUUAUUGCUUAAUUAGUACAAACCAGUCGCCAACAUUUUCGGCAGGUCGGUGGGAAAAGUUGGUGAAAAAAAUGCAAUGAACUUUAGUGUAAAUUAGACUAAAGGGUUUGCAUGGCGGACACGAUCAAUGAAUGGGAGGUUUGGGGUAACACCAUGUGAAUGAUAUGAAUGAGUUGCAUGGUUCUGAGCAGUUGCUUUAACUGGACGUUUCGAACAGUAUGCUCUGUUCAUCUGAUGACGUCAGUCUCCAGACCUGAUGACGAACAGAGCUGUUCGAAACGUCGAGUUAAACCAACUGUUUCUCAGAACCACAUAACUCACAAAGAGAUACCAUUACAUGCAUGGCGUUUACUACUGCAAACACCCAAUUCACUGAACUUACGUGAUGUAAUAUCCCU